AUCCUACAAAUCGCCUACUGGCCACUGCCGCACGGCCAUGUUACUCUGCGUAUUAACAAUAUUUUCUCACUAUAUUCGGUGAUUUACGCCUAAUAAAGUGUACCAUCUACACUUUAAAAUUGCCGCGGUCCUGAAGAACGAAAAAUUUGUAAGUUGGAAAGCGGAUCUAUUUAAGAAUCUGAUAUUUUUUGUUGGUAGAGUAGAACAAGCAAAAUGGCUGCCAUUUAACGCUCACCAGCGUAAAUGGAGUAAACUGGAUUUCAAUGCAAUUUUUGCUGUAGCAAAUUUGUUAGCUUAUCGAUAACGUAUACUUGUUUAUGAAAAUUAGUUAGAUAUUGUAGAAUAUCGUAUAAUAUAGUAUACGCGUAGUAUGAGUCAUAGGGAUUUCCCGCUUUACUAUUUCAAUUUAUAAUUUUUAUUCUGACCUACAGGUAAGCGCUGUAAAACACAGCUGCUCAACGGUACAGGCAGCUUUCGGAUAAUCUUGGGUAAAGAAUGGAUCCUGUAGACGGAAAUACUAACGGCGCUAGUCCGGUUGGAAUAAACGUCAAAAGUGAGGCUGAUGCGACACCCUUUCACUCAAAUCCCUCACCUGUUACUGAUCCCGGGUCAGCAACUGCCUCGGCGAAUCGUGCCCCAGAUCGUUCGAACUCAUCUCCGUUGACGGAUGUAGGUGCUUCAUCUCAACAGACAAAUCGAACUCCUGGACGUUUGACGAAUCAACUUCAAUACUUGCUCAAAACAGUUAUGAAGGCUGUAUGGAAACACCAAUUUGCUUGGCCUUUCCAUCAGCCCGUUGACGCCAGUAAACUCAAAUUGCCUGUGAGCUUUAUUUUGUUUAUUAGGACGUGUUCAGUUUAUUUUUUGUAUUUUCGAUGCUACUUUCAGGACUAUCAUAAGAUAAUACGAGUGCCGAUGGACUUGGGAACUAUCAAGCGACGGUUGGAGACGAACUACUACCAUUCAGCAAAAGAUUGCAUCGAGGACUUCAACAGAAUGUUCACUAAUUGUUAUGUGUAUAAUAAACCAGGAGAAGAUAUUACAGUUAUGGCACAAACUUUAGAAAAACUAUUCUUAAGUAAAAUAGCACAGAUGCCAAAUGAAGAAGUAGAGUUGCCAGUGCAGCAUAAAAGAAAGAAACCGUCUUCGAAAAAUUCCGUGGUUAAAAACCCACUCCCCCUACCAGUUCCAUCAGGGGUGAUUAGCACCGCUGUUAACGGUCAAGCACCUGACAGUUUGCCUUCAACGCCCGUACCAGUGCCACAGAUUCCACCUCCGGCUCCUAUUCCUGUGCAACCUCCUCCAGCACAAGCUCCCACUCCUACGACAACACCGAUAGAUGUCGAUAGUACUAAUACACCUUGUCCAAGAUCAUUAAAACGAAAGCCGGACGAAUCAAUUUUCGAUCCGAAUUUCGAUAAACUCAACGAUCCAGACCCCCGUUCUAUCGCUCCUGGUCCCGUUGGGGGCACGCGAAGAGAAAGCACGAGACCAAUCAAGCGUCCCAGAAAAGAUCUCCCAGACGAUCAAGCUCAGCACUCAUCCAAGUAUAAACGAGAAAAAUUAAGUGAACAAUUAAAGUUCUGUCAAGGCGUCGUAAAAGAGCUAUUUUCGAAAAAGCAUUCUGCAUACGGCUGGCCGUUCUACAAACCAGUUGACGCUAAAUUACUGGGCUUACACGAUUACCACGACAUCAUAAAGAAACCUAUGGACUUGGGAACUAUCAAGACGAAGCUAGAGAACCGAGAAUAUGCUAAUGCUCAAGAAUUCGCAGAAGACGUCCGCUUAGUAUUUCAUAAUUGUUAUAGAUAUAAUCCACAGGCCAGCGAAGUGGCCGUGAUGGGACACAAACUGCAGGAUGUUUUUGAGGCGAAGUUUUCUAAGAUGCCUGAAGAAGUUCCAACAGAUACAGAAAGUAUAGCACCCAGUGUAACAAACGUAUCAAAUUCGGAACUCAGUACGGGUUCCUCCGAUUCAGAACAAGAGGAGGAAGAGAGGGCCAAGAAAUUAGUUGCCAUGGCUGAACAAUUACGACAGCUAAGCGAACAGGUGAUUAAGAUGGUAAAUACAAGUAGAGAGAAAAAGAAACGUCGCAAAAAUGGCAAGAAGCGUCCAAAUACUUCUUUUAAAGAAGGAUCUAAAGCUCGUAAACCUAUUCACUCUGAUGUUUCAUUCUUAACGCCAAUUCCUACCUCAUCUGCCACUCCAGCCGUCCAUCCAACCCCAGGGUUACCUGCGCCACCCAUAGCAUCGGUUCCUUCCAGUACGGUGAAUACAAAUACAGUGGCAAUGACGCCAUUAAUGAAUUCCUUACCAUCGGCAUCCCAAACCGAAACUAAACCGGGUACAGGUGCUGGUGGAAAAGGCGUUAGGAAAGAUAAAGUAAAGAGGCCUCGACAGCCCAAAAAACCAAGACAACCAGUUUCAAAGGUCAAGAACAAGAACGCAACAUCCCUUUUCGACAGUGACGAUGAGGAUAAUGCAAAGCCCAUGUCUUAUGAUGAAAAAAGGCAGUUGUCAUUAGAUAUAAAUAAAUUACCAGGAGAUAAACUGGGACGUGUUGUUCAUAUCAUUCAAGAGCGCGAGCCCUCAUUGCGCGAUUCUAAUCCGGAUGAGAUAGAAAUUGACUUCGAAACCCUGAAGCCAUCUACUCUAAGAGAGCUGGAAGCUUAUGUUCUAUCUUGUUUGAAAAAGAAACCUCGUAAACAAUGGACCCGAAAACCGACUGGCAAAAAUAAAGAACUGGCAGAGAAAAAGAAAGAUAUUGAAAAUAGUGCACCUGCGGACAACAACAAAAUUCCUACCACCAAAAAAUCAACAAACAAAAAAGAUGCCGAAGCUUCACGAUUAACUGAAAGCAGCAGUAGUUCAUCAGAAUCAGAUAGUAGCAGUGGAAGUUCGUCGUCGUCCUCGAGUGACUCGAGCGAUUCAGAGUCAGGUGACGCCAAGAAAAAGUCUACUAGAGUUGAGAACCAAGUCCACGUUUCUACUUCCGGACAGAAAAUCACUAUAUCACCGAAUAAAGUGAAUCGUGAUCCACCAAUAAAAGAGCCAACCGUUGAACCCACAUCUACUACAGAACUGUUAAAAACUGUAAUACCAGAAUCAUCAAACGGAACUAUUGCCCCCAAGACCUCAUCAGCGACUCUGAGUGACAUGCUGGCACAACCGACUGUUGUUGAAAAACAGCAUAAAUCGAUUAUGGCAUCCAGCAGCAGUGAAAGCGAUGAUGAGGACACAACAACCGAAGGAAAGCCGAAAGGUUUAGCAGCUCUUGCAAAAAUGACAUCUUCAACCGACAAUACUAAAAAACCUAAUAUAAUGAACGAUUUUAGUCGAUUUAAGAAAGCGUUUAAAGAGAAAAAAGAUAGAGAAAAUGCCCAAAAGCAGCAAGAAGAGAUUCGACGCUUGCAACAAGAAAAAUUGUCCAAAGAGAGAGAAAAACAAAUGCUUGACAAGAAAAAACAGGCUGAAGAGGAAGCGGCCUUGGAAAAAGCUGUUGCCCAUUCUUCCACCCUCCAAUCGAAUUCCACUUCGAAUGUUCCGUCACCGUCAAAUUCUGCGAUAAUUGAUCGGGAAAAAUUGCGUGAAGAGGAAAGGCGGAGGCGUAAAGCUAUGACAAAUCAAAUUGAUAUGAGUGCGCAAAGCGAUAUGAUGGCGCAUUUCGAAGCGUCACUAUGA